GCAGCAAUCUUCCCUUCACACAAUCACACACAAAAAAUGGAGAAGAAGAUUCACGUGGUUUGCAUCGCCUUACCAUUUCAGAGCCACAUAAGCUCCAUGAUGAGGCUAGCAAAGAUUCUUCAUUUCAAAGGCUUUCAAAUAACCUUUGUAAACACAGAAUUCAAUCAUCAACGUUUACUAAAUGCAAGGGGGUCAGAUUCACUAAUAGGCUUACCUGAUUUUCGUUUCGAAACCAUUCCUGACGGCCUUCCACCACCAACCCAUCCAAAUGCCAGCCAAGAUCUCCUAACCCUGUGCAUGUCAACACAAAAGAACUGCUUAGAACCUUUUCAAAAUCUUAUGCAUAGACUAAGCAAUACUAAACAUUCAAAUGUCCCUCCUGUGAGUUGUAUCAUUUCUGAUGGUUGUAUGAGCUUCACUCUAGAAGCUGCUAAAGAGUUUGGAAUUCCAAUUUUCUUAUACUGGCCCGUCAGCUUUAGCGCCUUUGUUUGUGUUCUGCAAUUUGGUAAUCUCAUCCAAAGAGGUCUUGUUCCACUCAAAGAUGAAAGUUACCUAACAAAUGGAUACAUGGAGAAUACAGUAAUUGAUUGGAUACCUGGUAUGGAAGAUAUCAGAUUCAAAGAUUUACUCAGCUAUGUUCGGACAACCGAUCCUGAUGAUGCCCUGUUCGAUUUUUUUAGGCGAGAAGCUGAAAGAAACACCGGUGCUACAGCCUUGAUUUUCAAUACCUUCAACGCCCUGGAGAUGGAGGUUUUGGAUGCACUCAAGUCUCAGUUGCCACUGCCGCCUGUUUACGCCGUUGGUCCUCUUCAUUUACUCCUCAAUCAGUUUCCUUUAAGCGAGUCGCAAUCUCUUGGAUCAAAUCUGUGGAAAGAAGAUACAGAGUGCUUGAAAUGGCUUGAUCUGAAAGAACCUAACUCAGUCAUGUAUGUUAAUUUCGGCAGCAUCACUGUUAUGACAACUCAACAACUCGUCGAAUUCGCAUGGGGACUAGCCAACAGUAACCAUAAUUUCUUAUGGAUCAUUAGACCUGAUAUAGUAGUUGGUGAGUUGGCUUCGUUGCUAGCUGAGUUUACAGAAGAAACUAAAGAUAGAGGACUACUAGCAAGUUGGUGCCCGCAAGAAGAUGUCCUGCAUCAUGCAUCAAUAGCUGGAUUCUUGACACACUGUGGUUGGAAUUCAACUCUCGAAAGCUUGAGCUGUGGGGUUCCUAUGCUCUGUUGGCCGUUUUUGGGGGAUCAACAACCAAAUUGCAGGUACUUAUGCAAGAACUGGGAAGUCGGUAUGGAAAUCGAUAGCAAUGUUGAGAGAGAUGAAGUUGAGAGGUUAGGGAGAGAGUUAAUGGAUGGAGAGAAAGGUAAGAAGAUGAAGAAAAAAGUCAUGGAGUGGAAGAAGAAAGCGGAGGAGGCCACCUCACCUGGCGGUUCCUCUUAUGUUACUAUAGACAAGAUUGUAAGCGAAAUACUUCAUAGCAAAAUCACAGACCAAUAAACCCAAUAAUCGUCGAAUUCAGAAAGAAUUGAACAUCAACUAGCUGAGAAUUCCUAUUCACAUUCUCAGUAAAAUUUAUCAGGAAAUACGCAAUUUACAAGUCCGAGUAUCAAAUUUGUGAAGCAGAUUGUUAAUCAGCAUGUAUGUUGAAUUUGUGAGUAGUAUUCUAAUUUUCGGCAUCUAGUAGAAACAUAAAUUGAAGUGUUAGAAAAAAAAUUCAAUC